UGGCCUCAAACUCCUGGCCUCAAGCCAUCCUCCACUUCAGCCUCUCAAAUUGCUGGGAUUAUAGGCAUGGGCCACCACACCUGGCCCAACAGACUUUUAAAAAUCACUGUAUUCAUGAAGUUUACCUUCUGGUUGUGGAAACAGACACUAAACAAAUACAGACAUUUCAGUGGUAAGUGCUACAAAGGAAAGUGACAACAGCAUAAGAGAAUGGAACAUGAAGGUAGGGGACACUUUUAGAAUAAGAUGAUCCGAGAAGGCUCCUCUGAGGAAGUGACAUUUAACCUGAAACCUUACUGAUACAAAGGAUCAAAACUAUUUAAAAAAUUUGGAAGUGAAGGUGGGGGAGAGAGGUUCUAGGCAAAGGGAGGAAAUAAAAGCUGGAUGGCUCUCCACCAGGAAACACUGGAUGAAGAAUGGAGAAGAAUUGUAGGGCCCAAGAUUAGAGAGAUGAGUAGGGCCAGAUCAUGUGGGCAAGCUUUUAUGUAUUAGCACACUUAGAAUUAAUAUUCUGCUUGAGAAGUAACCUGAUAUUUGAAACAGAGUGAAAAAGAAAAUACCUCCUACAGUAUACUUCAUAACUUCUCAUUUAGCCCAAGCUCUCAGGGAAGUAAAGUCCAGCUAUGGCUGAGUUUCACAUAAUGCACUGCUUUGGAGUUUUUGUCUCAUCUGGUAGAGUAAGAUAAGUACCACAUACUAUUAUAAGGCUAUAUAGCAUAAAAUGAUGAUGCAUUUUCUCCGGUCAUCGAUAAGAAGAUUUUUUAAAAAGUCAAUUUCUUGGUUUAGAAUUUGAAAGCAGUUUCAAACUUGGAUAACACAAUUCAGAUCUUUUUUUUUUCUUCUUCUUCUUCUUUUAUUUAUUUUUUGAGAUAGGGUCUGGCUCUAUCACACAGACUGGCACACAGUGGCACAAUCUUGGCUCAUUGCAACCUCUGCCUCCCAGGCCAUCCUCCCACCUCAGCCUCCCAAGUAGCUGGGACUGCAGGCAUGCACCACCAUGCCUGGCUAAUUUUUGUAGACAGGGGUUCUCACUUUGUUGCCCAGAUUGGGAGAUCUUUCUGUACUUGACUGUAUGCUUUCCAUUGAUCUGCUGCUGUUUUCACUAUUAUUCCUUUUUUUGUGUGGGUAUUUUCUUCUGAUUUUUAGAAUUUUACUUGUAAACAUGCCACAUACACAUACAAUUUGUGCCCUGUUUUUCCAUUUACAUAUUAUACUUUCCAUAUUAGUACAUUGUCUGAUAUUUCUGCAUAAUACUCAACUUAUCUGCUGUUGUUUUUAUCAUAUCGCUAUUACAAACAUGAGGUCCAUUUCCCUUUUUUAAAAAAGGAAAGUGAGGUUACGGGUGGUGUUCUGGUAAAUAAUAUUUUGUCAUUUGUUUUCAUUGAUAAGGAAACAUUGUUUUGAAUUCAGUGCCUCAAAUUGAGUGCACAAUAAUUUGAAGGAAAAAGCUGACAAGUUUGAAAUGAAAUUGAUAUUACAUAAUUUACAUUAAAAUGAUACAUCUUUUGUAAAUUUGUAAGAAGAAUAAAAAAUAAAUGAAAACCUGAUUACCUUUCUUAUUUGAAGUUUAUUUGGGGGGUCAGAAUUUGACUUGCUUCUGUAUUAUUUCACUUUUCAAAAGAAUCCGCCAGGAGAGAUUAUAAUUGCGUGGUCUUCAAAUGAGAAAUCAAGUCUGUCUUUAUUCAAAAGAAAAUGUUGGAAGCCCAUUUAGAAAUCAUUUAAUAUUGAAGUUCCUAUAGUGUUGGUUAUAAAUUCAACCUUGACAUUUCUUAAAAUUGUACAAAGAAGUGGUAGAGUAGAAGUGGGAGUUCACUGGGGCUUGUAGAUUUCGCAGGAUGUUUUAUUUCCCGGAGGACCAAACCUUAAGCACAGUGCACGCCACACCUGAGGGCGGAUUCUCCCAGGCCGGCCCAAGUCAGGGCAGGGCUGGAAAACCAGGGGCUUGUUGCCCAGCGAACCGCCACAACAGAGAGCGGUCUGCGCUCCUGCGGGGCUGACCUGCCAGCGUCCAGCCUCGCGCCCUGGGCCUGUCUGGAUCUGGGUCUGGGUCUGGCCCUGCGCUCCGGGUCCGCGGAGGCGACCAUGGACCUCGCCGGGCGCGCCCGGGGCCACGGGGCCACGGUAGGGGGGCUGCUGCUCAGGGCGGCUGCUACCGCCAAGGGUCUCAGGGAGGACCUGAGGGGCGCGAACGCCCUGCCUUGGAGGGCCCUGUCCCGGAUCCCGAAGCGGAAGGGGCUUGGAGAGGAGGACACGGCAGUUGCCGGACACGAGCUCCUACUGCCAAAUGAGAGAAGCUUUCAGAAUGCUGCUAAAAGCAAUAAUUUGGAUCUUAUGGAGAAGCUGUCUGAAAACAAGGUUAACAUUAAUGCUGUGAACAAUAUGAACCGCACAGCCCUGCAUUUUGCAGUGGGGAGAAAUCAUUUAUCUGCAGUGGAUUUCUUGCUUAAACACAAGGCCAGGGUGGAUGUUGCUGAUAAGCAUGGCUUGACAGUAAUUCACCUUGCAGCCUGGUCUGGGAGCCUUGAGGUCAUGCUCAUGCUGGUUAAAGCUGGAGCAGAUCAGAGAGCCAAGAAUCAGGAUGGAAUGAAUGCCCUCCACUUUGCUGCUCAGAGCAAUCAUGUGCGCAUCGUGGAGUAUCUUAUUCAAGAUCUGCACCUCAAGGACCUGAACCAGCCUGAUGAGAAAGGAAGAAAACCAUUUCUUUUGGCAGCUGAGAGGGGCCAUGUUGAAAUGAUAGAAAAACUUACCUUCCUAAACCUGCAUACUUCAGAAAAGGACAAGGAGGGAAACACUGCCUUGCACCUCGCUGCAAAGCACGGUCACAGUCCUGCAGUGCAGGUGCUGCUAACCCAGUGGCAAGACAUAAAUGAGAUGAAUGAGAAUGGAGAAACACCAUUCUUUCUGAGUGUUGAAGGAGGUCAUGAAGAGUGCAGCAAAGUGCUGCUGACAGCAGGAAGUGACAUCAACAUUCCAAAUAAACUCAAUAUCAGUAGUUUGCAGAUAGCAACCAGGAAUGGCCAUGCAUCACUUGUCAACUUUCUUCUCAGUGAGAACGUUGAUCUACACCAGAAAGUGGAACCUAAGGAGUCUCCUCUUCAUUUAGCUGUUAUCAACAACCACAUCACGGUUGUAAACAGCUUAUUAAGUGCACAGCAUGAUAUUAACAUAUUAAAUCAGAAGCAACAAACCCCUCUGCAUGUAGCUGCUGAUUGUGGAAAUGUGGAACUGGUGGAAACCCUGCUGAAGGCAGGCUGUGACUUGAAGGCUGUUGACAAGCAAGGAAAGACUGCCCUGGCUGUGGCCUCCAGGAGCAACCAUAGCCUUGUGGUGGACAUGCUCAUUAAAGCAGAGAGAUACUACGCCUGGAGAGAGGAGCAUCAUGAGAGCGUCGGGGACCCAUCAACAGGCUUUCCUCUGACAUUCAAGCAAGACCACAGUCUGGAGACCAGACACAUUCGCACGCUCCUCUGGGGCCUGGCUUACCAUCAGCUGAAGGCCAAUGAGUGGCAGAGGCUGGCCCGUUCGUGGAACUUUACAGAUGACCAGAUUAGAGCCAUUGAGGCACAGUGGUCAGGAAAUGAAAGCUUCCGUGAACAUGGCCACAGGGCUCUGCUUAUCUGGCUACAUGGGACCCUGAUGACUCAGGCUGAUCCGGCCAAGCACCUGUAUGAAGAGCUGGUACACGCAGGUUUCCCAAAACUAGCUGAAAAGACUCGUCAUUUCAAAAGCAAAACUGACUUAAACUCCGAGAAAUGUGUAGUUUCAUAAAUGCCCAAAGAAAUUGUAUUUACAUGAUCUUCCACUCAGCAUUCAGUUCUUUUAAUGCCAUAAAUUUCUCCUAGCAGUAGCGCUGAUUUUCAACUAUGAUGAUGGUGGUGACAGGGUACUGUAACAGGUGAAAGAAGAGUAAUACCAUGAUACUUUUCAACCUCUAAAAAGCCAAAUACAGUUUUUUCGCUGAGGGCAAGUUAUAUAUAAUUUUCCCAUUUCUGUCAUUUGAUGUAACACAUGUAAUAAGAUAAUCUAGGAGGGUUUUGUAUGUCAUGUUUUUUUCUAAAAAUUCAUGGGAGCAGCAUCAUGGUACAGUAAAAAACCAACGGUUUUUACAAUAGACGAAUAUAGUUUUGAACUUGGUUUUGCCACUUAUUAGAUGUGAACCUUUGGGCAUGUUAAUGUUGUUUAAGUUCUUAGAUCUUCAGUUUCCUUCUCUAUAAACUGGGACAAAUGUCUAUUUAAUCCACAGGGUUGGAGUAGAGAUGAAGGGAAAAUGCCUGUGAAAUGCCUAGCCUCAUGCCCACAGUAUGGAAAUCAACUGUUAUUUCUCUUUCAGUAAGAGAAACUGGGUUUGGAAAUUUAUAGUCAUUGUUGACUUUAAAUCACACAUAAUGUGUAAUAUAUUACUUGGGAAAGACCAGAAGCAUGUACACCAACUUUUUUUUUUUUAAUCUUGUGGUGAUGUAAUUACUGAUGAUAAUUUUCUUUGUACUUUUGGGUACAUUCAAUUUUUUUCACAAUGAACAUGCAUUAUUUUUGUAAUCUGAGAGUUAUGAAAUAAAUGUAAAAUCGAGUAUCAAUUUGUGCCGGUUUAUGUGCACCUAUUCAUUGGAAUUUAAGACUCUCCAUUCUCGGAUUCUGACUGUAAAUUUACAAGGCACAUAAUAAAACCAUAAGCAAUUUCAA